CAUAUUGUUUUCGAAAUGGACAAAGACUUAUCAACUACUACAACUUUACUUCCCUUAACAUCUAAGCUUCCCUUCAUCCACACAAAAAACUUCUCGAAUCUCCUCCCUCUUCUCUCUCUCCCACUAGCCUUACGGGGGGGACGAUGGUUCGUCUCCGUCAUCAAUCAAAAGAAAUCUCAUCUGUACAUAUUGAGCACGAGCUCUCUCAACUGUCAAAUUAAGAUCAACUCAUCUUUAGUCUUUUUCGACCUUGAGUUGCCACUGACCUUGAGGUCUAGACAAGUCCAACUAGUCAGAUCCUUACCAACUCUUCCACCUUAUAGUCGCACAAAUAAUUCUCUGCAAAUUUUACUGAGAGUACAGAUUUUGGACAUGGGAUCUGUUGGGAAUCAAAAUCUUUCGACUCCUUAUGAUAAUUCUAAGGAGUGUUCACAAGGGAAUUGCAGUAUAAAUUGUCCACGAUGGUGUUACUUUAACUUCCCUCCUCCUCCGUUAGAUGAUGAUUCAGGUACCCAUUUUUCCCCACUAAUCAUCGCCAUCAUAGCAAUCCUGGCAGUUGGUUUCCUUGUAGUAAGCUACUAUAUGAUAGUAAAACGGUAUUGCCGGAGAAGAAAUGAUCCAAACACGAGUAUCGAAACCCAAGAGAUUCUUGAUGGACUGACUCGUGAUCAGAUGGCCGGUGCCUCGACUGGAUUGGAUGAGGCACUUAUUAAGACCAUCACAGUCUUUAAGUACAAGAAAGGCGAUGGCCUAAUUGAUGGGGCUGAAUGUGUAGUUUGUUUGAAUGAAUUUCAAGAAAAUGAGUCUCUUAGACUAAUGCCAAAUUGUAUGCAUGGUUUUCACCUUCCUUGUAUCGAUCCAUGGUUGAAAUCUCACCCGAGUUGUCCUAUUUGUCGUGUCGAUGUUAACUUGACCUAUCCGUUGCCUCCACCUGCCCGGAAUUCUCAAACUCCAUCGACUGUCAACGUGGCUUCUCUGGAGAUUCAGAGGCCGGAUGAUUUGAUUUUAGUGGUGGAUGAUCACGAGAGGGAUCGUUCAGAAGAGGUGGUUCCAAGUGUAGUCGAUAAUGAUGUUCGACCGAAGAGCCCCCUGCGAAAUGUUAGUACUGCACAAGAUUCUGAAACAAGAAUUGACAUUAUCGGAACUCCCGAAAAGGAUGUUAAGAAAUUUAGCAGAUCGAUUUCUCCGGGUGCAUUUUCGAGCCAACGCCAGCGCUGAUAUUCCGAGGAUUGAAGAAGCAUAUGAAGGAUUACAAAUGGAAAGUUCCUUAAGAAGAAGAAUAGCAUGGAAUGAGAACUAGCAAGAAGACCUGUUACAAUGAGAAGAUCCAUUUCUACUGGAAGAUUCAUAUUCCAUAAUAAAGGCAAGAAUUCUAUAAUCCCACAUUGAACAUAAAAAUAUUGUAAAGACAAUUUCUUUACUUCAUACCAACUUUACCUCUUUAGUCCUUUAUCUAUUUAUGUUUAGCACAGUAGGAAAGAAACAUGUGAUCUUUGAGUUUGAUACUUGUGAUGCCUAAUAUGGGAUUGAGUGGAAAAUGAAACAGAAUUUGUCAUUUAUUAGUGGAAAAAUUGUGUGAACAACUUGCUUGAAGAAUACCAGAAUGUGCCAGCAAAAAUAGAGGCACCUCGAUCAGUAAGUUAAGUGAUGGCCUCACAAGAAUUACUUAUUUAUAUCUAUUUAUAAAUUAAACCAUGUAAUUCUGCCCAAACGGAGGCUUAACCUUCUAUGGAAAGUAUUGCCAAGACUA